CUGUGCCGAGGACAUAACAGAAUGAAAACAAACAAAAAGUUAUGCAUGCGAAUUUUAUAAAUUCAAGUCGUUUUCGUGAUGAAAAAUAUCAUAAUAAAGACCAAAUAAAAUAGCAUUAUUGCAAGAGAGACUACCAAACAAUACAGAAUUUUGAGGUUAAAUGAAAUACCUUUAAAAACGACAAAAAAAAAUUAGACGUGAUAAAAAAAAAAAUGAAAGCAGAUUGAGAUGAAGCUAGAUUCAGCAUGUUAAGAUCUUCAUGUUUAUAAUAUUUUUAUUCAAAGGAGGAUUUCUUUGCAGACCAGUGUUACAACGUUGAUAAAAUAAAUAUUACUUGCCAACAUAUUAUGCUGUAAAGGAGGACCAUUUUAAAACUUAUUAUUUAUUAAAGUGAAGAAUACUGAAUAACUAUGUCUUCUCGUAAACGUGUGUUUGAUUUGCUAAGAACGAUAAAUGUUGCUGCAUGCCAAUGCCCAGCCCAUAGCCAUAGAGGAAACUUCCAGGUUACCAAUGCAACACCAACAAAGGAUUAUGCUUUUGAAAUAAAAUGCUCAACUGUAAGAUAUGGGCUCGGAGUUACAAAAGAGGUUGGCAUGGAUCUAGUCAACCUGGGUGCCAAACAUGUUUGUGUUAUGACUGAUCCCAAUGUGGUAUCAUUGAAUCCAACUAAAGCUGUACUGGAUUCACUUACUAAAAAUGGAAUAAAUUACAAAGUAUAUGAUAAUGUUAGAGUCGAGCCAACAGAUACAAGUUUUAAGGAUGCUAUAGAGUUUGCAAAAGCUGGUGACUUUGAUAGUUUCAUAGCUGUUGGAGGUGGAUCAGUGAUGGACACAUGCAAAGCAGCUAAUUUGUACUCAUGUGACCCUGAUGCAGAAUUUCUGGAUUAUGUUAACAUGCCUGUUGGUAAAGGAAAGCAAGUUACUGUUCCUCUGAAGCCUCUCAUUGCAAUCCCCACAACCAGUGGCACAGGAAGCGAAACAACAGGCAUGAGCAUAUUUGACUAUGAAGAAAUUCAUGCCAAAACUGGUAUAGCAAAUUCGGCGCUUAGACCACUCUUAGCCUUAAUCGAUCCUCUUCACACCUUAACAGUACCAAAAAACGUUGCAAUAUACUCCGGUUUUGACAUAUUUUGCCAUGCUUUGGAAAGUUUUACUGCAAUUCCUUAUUCGGAGCGCGGACCAGCGCCUACGAAUCCCGCUUUGAGACCAGUGUAUCAAGGAAGCAAUCCUAUUUCUGAUGUCUGGGCUAGAUUUUGCUUGCAGACACUAGCAAAAUACUUCGAGCGGUCGGUAAAUAACGCGGAUGAUAUAGAGGCUCGUUCAAGCAUGCACCUAGCGGCCACGAUGGCUGGGGUUGGUAUUGGCAACGCUGGCGUGCAUCUGUGCCAUGGCCUCGCUUAUCCCAUCGCGGGCAACGUGAAGAAAUUCGUCCCGAAUGAUUAUGGAAAAGAUCCAAUAAUACCACACGGAUUAGCAGUAGUAAUGACGGCUCCGGCAGUGUUCCGCUUCACAGCUCAAAGCGAUCCCGACAAGCAUUUGGAAGCUGCUAAUCUUCUGGGCUUUGAUAUCGCGAAUCGCAAGCAAGAAGACGCUGGCAAAGUACUGGCUGAUGCUAUAUUGAAUUAUAUGGAAAAAAUGAAUAUAGACAAUGGACUUUCUAGUCUAGGGUAUACUGAUGCGGAUAUCCCAAAGCUUGUUAAAGGCGCUUUACCACAGCAUCGAUUGUUACAACUAACUCCAGUUUCACAAACGGAAGAAGAUUUACAUAAUCUUUUCGAAGAUUCUUUAACUAUAUACUGAUGAUAAUGUUUACUUGUUAUUAUAUUUGUAAGAAAAAUGGUUAUAUUGUUUUGAAGUUUUAAUAAAUGAAAGAACAUGAAAA